AUGGAGAGUUAUUUUUUUUUUAAAAAAAAAAUAUUUUUUAAUUAUUUUUUAUUUUUUAAUAAUAUUUAAACCCAAAUGGAUAGUUCGACAAGCAACAGGAUUUGGAACUCAGUUAUGCUUUCAGCUGAAGAAGUCAACGUCUACCGUUUCGACGAAGACGCCAACGACCGUUUACUCGACCAGCACCCUUGGACUUCUGAUGAGCGCUAUUUCACAAAAGUCCGUAUUUCUGCUGUAGCCCUAAUCAAGAUGGUCAUGCAUGCAGUCUCAGGAGGGAAUAUUGAAGUCAUGGGCUUAAUGCAAGGUAAAGUUAUUGGCAGAGAAUUCAUUGUAUUAGACGCAUUUGGGCUACCAGUCGAAGGAACCGAAACCAGAGUAAAUGCAGGGGCAAGCGCUAAUGAAUAUAUGGUUAAUCAUGUUACUAUGGGAGAAAGUGUAGGCAAAACUGAAGGCACCUGUGGCUGGUAUCACAGCCACCCAGGCUACGGCUGCUGGCUAUCAGGAAUUGACGUAAAUACCCAAAAACUCCACCAGCAAGCUGAAGAUCCUUAUCUUGCUAUUGUAAUAGACCCAAUCAGAACAAUUUCUUCCGGAAAGGUCGAAAUUGGCUGCUUCAGGACUUUUACUGACAAUUAUCACCCCCCUGAAGCUGAAGAGUCAGAAUACCAGCAUAUUCCGCUAAAUAAAAUCGAAGAUUUUGGCGUUCAUUAUAAGCAUUAUUAUACCUUAGAACAUACGAUUUUUAAGUCAUCAAUGGAUACAAAUAUUUUGGAUCUUUUGUGGAAUAAAUACUGGACACAGACCUUAAGUUCGUCCACAUUGCUUAAAAAUAAAGAUUACGCGAAUUCAGCUAUUGCGGAUUUAUCAGAAAAAUUAGAAAGGUUUGAAAGACAAGGCAGAGGGGGAAGAGGACCAUGGGCAAUGCAUGGAGGAGAAAAAAACCAGCUUUCGAAGAUUGCGCAGGAUGCUGCUAAGAUAGGCUCACAACAGGGCCAAGGGUUGAUUAAUAUGCUGCUGAAAAAUCUGCUUUUUUAUCAACCUAGAGUAAAGGACUAA